AUGGCAGAGAAAUCAGGCGUCACCGGCGCCGACUUCGAGUUUGUUAAAACUCCUCCUUAUCCCAAGCCCGACUUUGACAAGCUUGAGGAUGUUGGUGUUCCAACUACCAGGUACCCUGCCAUCAAGAACGCCCCUCUCCCUGCCGAUGGCUCUGGUGCCGAUACCUUCAACAACUAUGUCCUCAUCUCCAUCUUGGUCCUUGUCCCUUGGUUCCUCAGCCGAAAGGUUGGUGGUGGAUUCAAGACCACCAUCUUCUUCGCCCUCAUCGUCGAUCUUCCCCUGCUUGCCGCUUGGUGGCUUGUAAUCUCCUCCAUCAGCCCUCGCAAGAAUGAGAAGGUUCGCCUUCCCAACCGUGGUGUCGAGCACUACCUCGAGUUCAAGAAGGAGGCCGACCGCCUCAAGUACCGUGGCAGCAACAAGAUCCCCAUGGAGACCUUCCACGAGAUGUACUUCGAUGGUGAUGUUGAUUUCAAGGGUGACUGUCUCGAGGUCAUGGAGUACCGUCACGACUGGGCCAGCUUCCGCUUCACCAUUGGCCUCAUCAAGUUCUUCCUCUUUGGCAUGAUUCCUGAGGUUAUCAUGCACACUCGUUCUCAGGACGAGGAGCAGGUCCGUGACCACUACGACCGUGGUGAUGACUUCUACGGCUGGUUCCUUGGUCCCCGCAUGAUCUACACUUCUGGUAUCAUCUCCGACAUCAACCGCGAGGAGACUCUUGAGGAGCUCCAGGACAACAAGCUUACUGUCGUUUGCGAGAAGAUUGGCCUCAACAAGGGUGACUCUAUGCUUGAUAUUGGCUGUGGUUGGGGUACUCUUGCUCGCUUUGCCAGUGAGCAGUAUGGCGCCCACGUCACCGGUGUCACUCUUGGCCGCAACCAGACCGCUUGGGGUAACAGCAGCAUGCGCAAGGCCGGCAUCCCCGAGGAGCAGAGCAAGAUUCUCUGCAUGGAUUACCGUGAUAUUCCCGUUCCCGAGGGUGGCUACAAGAAGAUCACCAGUCUUGAGAUGUCUGAGCACGUUGGUAUCCGCCACUUCGGCAGCUUCUUGAAGCAGGUUCACGACAUGCUUGACGAUGAUGGUGUCUUCUUCCUUCAGUACGCUGGUCUCCGUAAGGCUUGGCAAUACGAGGAUUUCACCUGGGGUCUUUUCAUGAACAAGUACAUUUUCCCUGGUGCUGACGCUUCUACUCCUCUCGGAUGGGUUGUCGACAAGCUGGAGGGUACCGGUUUCGAGAUCAAGCACAUUGAUACCAUCGGUGUUCACUACUCUGCUACCCUCUGGAGGUGGUACCGCAACUGGAUGUCCAACCGCGACAAGGUUGAGGCCAAGUACGGCAAGCGAUGGUUCCGUAUCUGGGAGUACUUCCUGGCCUACUCCACCAUUAUCUCUCGCCAGGGCAGUGCUACUUGCUUCCAGAUCACCCUGGUCAAGAACAUCAACUCCACCCACCGAGUUGAGGGUAUUGAGACCCAGUUCGCCAUCACCGGAGCUCUUGACAACUGCCGCGCUGAUCUCCAGUCGUGGGCUUCCAGAAACAACGUCAAGACUCCCUCCGAGUACCUGUAG